GCAUCAUAAUAUUUUCGUUUCAUCUUUUAGUGGAAUUUAUCGAGUUCUGUCUUUCUGUUAAAAAAAUAAAGUUUAUUUCAUCUAUGAACUUCGCUUAAUAAAAUGAGAGGAAAGUGACCGUUCGCGAAAGUCUAUUCCGCCAGUGUUUUCAUCAGCGUGCACAUAUUUUCUCAAUUUUCUGCGCAGUCGAUUUCAAUAGUUUGUGUUAUCAAUAUCUGGUCUGAGUUUUUUUCGUCCUUUCUUUCGAAGAUUGCUCCUUUUCAUUUUCGUGAAGCGUUGAAAAAUUUCUGCUCGACUCACUUCUUGUCUCAAGGAGAUUCAGGCUCUCAGACCCGAGUCAAGGUUGUACUCCUUUUUGUGGCCACACCUACCUACCUCGCUGACCGUUUACAAUGAAGACAGUGCUCAGGAAGGUGUCCUGCAACAAUUGCCUUAAUCAUUGGGAAGUCUAGAGUACUUCAUCAUGAAAUGGCUCAAUUUAGUCUGUACAAUGGGCAUCAAAAGAAUGCUAGAAAUAGCCAGUGUUUGAAUGCCGAGACUAGGACCGUCGAAGAUGUAGAAAGGCCAGACCUGUUGAACGGACAUGAUUGUGCUGUCAGCCCUGACAGCCCAAUCAUAAUGCGCCAUGAUGUGAAUAACAUCAAUCAAAACGGCAAGAAUAAAUGUCUAAGUAAUGAUUCGCAAUCUUCACUUGACUUGUCCGCAAGGAAAACAAAUGGUGCGGUCUUGUUGUCUGAGGCCCUUGAAACUAUCCCGCUUGCAUAUAGCCCUAAAACUCGCCAGCUACAUUACAUAAAUAGUAAUGACUUUAAACCACCCAAUAAAAUUGACUUGCACAAGAGAGAAGUAUCGAUCUCAAAUCUGGAUAACCUAGAAGAAAUUGAUUUGAAGAGUCAUUGCGACAAUGAAACUAUCUCUUGGUCCAAUGUCGAGAAUUCUCUCAGCACUUCAGCAACCAACACUGGUCUCUUGUCUGCGUUAGAAAAUGACUCAUCACUCUUGACGAACGACGACCAGUCCUCUCAUAAUUUACUCGACUGUGAAGACUCCUGCUCCAUAAGUGGCUGCAGCAUAGCAUCAGAUGAUCAAGGAGACUCCAAACCGAAACACAAGACGCUAACUAGCUUUUUCAAGCGAGGGGUUUUUUCUUGGAAAUCGGAGAAGGAUGGUGACGAAGCAUCAAUCAACAGUAAUGAUGACUCAAGUUUAUGGAAAAUAUUUGGCAGGAAACCAUCUAAAACUGUGACAAGUUUUGAAUGGGCAAAUGUUGACAGUAUUAGUCUUGCAUCUAAUUCGUCUGUAAGUACUCAAAAUAGUCCAAAUGUUGCCCAAGGCAGUCGGAGUCAUGAAAAUAUUGUUGCCAGUAGUUCAGCCCUUAUCCAAUUAGAUCGACCAGCGAAUUUACCGGCCAAAUCACCCUCAGAACAGCUAAAACAUAAAUUGGAGUACGAGCAAAUGAUCCAAGCAGCCAAGAAAAAAGAGCUCAAAGAGGCAAAAGACAGGAAAAAACAGUUGGAGGCUCAGUUGAAGGCGGAGGAUGAGUUGGCUUCUGCGACUCGCUUUUGGACGCAAGAAAUCCUUCCAAAUUGGAAUCAAAUGUGCAACACAAAGAAAGCACAGCAGUUAUGGUGGCAGGGCAUUCCUCCUUGUAUAAGAGGCCGUGUCUGGUGUCUAGCAAUUGGGAAUCAACUAGGCAUAACUCAUCAAAUGUAUGAUAUUUAUGCGGAAAAAGCUCAAGAAAAAUUGAAGACUGCAAAUGAUCGUUGUAAUAUGAAUCCACUGUCAAGGUGCGAUCAUGAAUCUAGUGUUGAAUUGAUUACUCUGGAUAUCAGCAGAACUUUUCCUCACUUAUGUAUCUUUCAAGAGGGUGGCCCGUAUUAUAAAAUGUUGUUUAGUCUUUUGGGAGCGUACGUUUGCUACCGUCCAGAUCUAGGUUAUGCCCAAGGAAUGUCUUUCAUUGCUGCUGUCCUCAUUCUCAACAUGGACGCUGCUGAUGCUUUCAUCUGUUUUGCAAACUUGCUCAAUAGGCCGUGUCAUACUGCAUUUUUUCAACUUGAUCAACUCGUGAUGCAAGCCUACUAUUCUGCUUACAAUGAUCUUCUAAGUGAAAAUUUGCCCAAACUUCAUGAGCACUUCAUUAAUAUUGGUCUCAGCGCAGACUUUUACUUAUUAGAUUGGGUAUACACUGUUUUCUCAAAAGCAAUGUCUCUAGACCUCGCAUCAAGAAUAUGGGAUGUUUUCUUGCGAGAUGGAGAAGAGUUUCUGUUCAGAACUGCUCUUGGUAUACUCCAUACAAGUCAAGAUACUUUACUCACCAUGGAUUUCAUCACAGGAGCCAAAUACCUGACAAAAUUACCUGACGAUUUCUCUGCAGACAAACUUUUCAAAUCAAUAUCAAUGAUGCGGAUGAAUGUAGGCAAACAGUCAUUCAAUGACAUUUUAGAAAAUUAUCUUCCCAGUAAUUCAUCAUCAUCAGAUAUGCUGUGAAGCAAGUUAGGUCCGAAACUUCUCUCUCCUUCCUCAUAUUUUUCAUAUGGAAUCAUACCCAAUGAACGAUUUUGCUAUUCAGUGAGUAGGCUUUGUUUUUUUUAUAUUUUGCAGUUUUUUCUUAUCGUUUUUUUUUUAUUUUUUUCUCUCUUUCAAUUGGUGCUCAAAGCUCAUGUCACAUGGUGCAUAUGAUCUUUUAAAAUGCACCCUUGAAAACGGUAAGCAUGCAUGAUAAUGCUGAGCAAAAGCUCAGGAAGUAUUUUUUCGGAGGUGUAACUAAGUAAAACUAGAUAAUACUGCAGGAAAGAAUAACUUUUAGAACUAACAAAUGAGGACAAAUACUGUCAAUUCUUCCAGGCAACUUUCAUUCUACAUCGAGAAUCUUAUUUUUCACUGCCUUGAGGGGGAGUCAUAAGUCCCUAUCUUUGCGAUGAAAAAUUUACUGAUGCUAAGGCAUACCUUUCUGAGGUUCCACUCAAUGGAUUUCAAAACUUUUUUAGUUUUUUUUCUAAUUUUACACGAGUUGAUUUGUAAAAAUUUUGAAAAUUGAAUUUUCAUAAUUUUUUUUUAAAAAAUGUUUGAAGAAUAUUAAGGAAAAACUGUCUCAUCUGCAGUUAGAUAAAAAGGUUAGGAACAAACAUAAGAAAGAUUUUAGAAAUCUAUUCAGUAGAUCCUGAGGAAAGUGUGCAUUAAGGUCAAAAAUGUUGUUUUGAGAAAAAGCUGUUGGAAGUUUUCAACAUACGGUAAGAUUGUAUCACUGCAUCACAAAAUGUUGCAUACCUCUUUCAGUAAUGAUGAUAUUUUAAAAAAAAGUUUGUAUUGAAUUAUAGCUAAGGAUAUGUAGAAUUCGAGUAGGGGGAAACCCUCUAAUAUUUUUUUUUUACAAAAAUAACUCAUGACUCCCCUUAAAUAAUCAUCCGUUCAUGAAUCUCACAAAUUUAUGUUAUGUACCUGCCAAUCCUUACUUCAAAGCUGAGAAAGCGGCAGGGCUGAUAUCAUUAUCAUUGCACCUCAAAUUCAUUACAGCA